AUGGGAUCACGGCGUCCAGGUGUGCCGUUUCCCCUCCUUCUCCUGUACAUUCUCAUUCGCCUCGCCCACCCUUCACCCCUCACUAGUGCUCAAUACGUUCGCUCGAGACAUGAGCGCACAAGGAUACACGAGAGAGACUUUGGGACGACACAAAAUCGAACGAUCGGCAAGCGGGAUCAUGAGGGCUCGCAGACGAGCACCAGCAGGGAUAUCUACCUGACGGGGCACGACGACAUUUGUCUCUUUGGUCCACCGGAUCCGUUCGCGUACAUUUCAGACUCGGGGUACAACGUGGUCUCGUGGUGUUCGAAGGCGGGACACGAUGCUCGAUUGAUACCUGAUGGCACAUUGCACGGGGUGACAUAUGUCAAAACGCCGAAUUACGUUCAAGUGUCAGGAUUUGGUGACUUUACAAAGAUCAAUAUCGCCCCUGGCGAUUAUGGUGGACAGUUUGACUCCAGCACACAUACGCCGGACGGUGCGAAAGUGUUCAUCAGUGAUUCCGACACGAGCAAGGACUGGGUGAUGCUGAUCUCCGCUACAACGUAUUGCCUGCGAGCAUGUACCGGUGACGCCAAGUUCUGCCCUGCCACGUACGAUCAGAUGGGCUGCUACUUCUUCACUGGAAAUUCAAUCGGACAGGAUGGAGUCUGGCAGAAUUGCAAGUCAGACGAUGGCGAUCCGCCAGGAGUCAUUGGGGGAUCAACUUAUUCCCAGGGAGCCCAGCCUACACCUGAUCCUACUGCUCCCGCGCCUUCCAAUUGUCAGACCGGAUCUAGCGAAGCCAACGGCCAGACCAUGCCUCCAUAUUACAGUUGGGAUGGGACUGGUAUAGCGUCCGUGGCUAGUGGCAUACCAACUGGACAGGCUGGUGCCUCGAAUGACGGUAAUUCGCCGUCGACCAGUUGGGUAGCUGUCCAGACUUGUACACCGUGUGCGGGAGGGAACGGCAGCAGCACUGGCGGAGGCGGAGAUGGCGACGCCGGUUUGUCAUCGACGGCCAUAUCGGCGCCUGCAAGCGACGUCACCCAAAAUGUCGGCAUCACCCAGGUCAGAUCCUCGCCUCCAAUUUCUACGUCAAAUGCUGCUGCUGGAGGAGGAGGUCUAGUGGACACACCUCCGGAUAUAGACUUGAACAGACGGCAAGAUUUGGACGUGGAGUCUCAGUCCGUGACCAAUAGCGGUGAUCAAUGUUGCUUUACCACCUGGACACCAACAGUCAUUGGAGGAGGCGCAGCUCAGACUUCCGAUGCGGUCGGGGCAUCUUUGACGAGUGGAGGGGCAAAGAUUACAGACUCAGCUGGGUCAUUGCUUGCAAGUGGCGUAUCAGCGGCAUCUCAAGGUUCAGGUUCUGGAAUCCUGCUGACUGGGACGGCGACGGCGGCUUCUGAAUCCAUUCAUCCUCUGAUAUCAUCUGGAAUAUCUGGAGCGUCUGGAUCACCAAGACCUACUGGCAGUCUCAUGCCAGGGCCGUCCUCGAACGCGACUGGCGGAAAUGUUUCUGAUGGAUCGGCUUUGGGCCUGCAUGAUGUUAUCAGCGGUGUGGACGGAUAUGGAAGACUGGUACUGAGCCUAAGUAUUGGAUUGGCAGUGGUCGCCUUCAUGAGCGGCGGCACUGUAUUGCUCUAGGAAGGAGGUCUUGUAUACCCGUCUAAUGGGGGCUGGAAAAAGUGCAUGUCAUCCUGCAAUGGUACGAGCCGCACCUUUCCGAAGAGCUCUUCUGCCGAGCCCGAACAAGCG